UUGAAAAGUAUUUUAWCUUUACGAAUCGUCAUUAACACUCCCAUUUUGUAUCCUACCAACUAUGUUUCUACGAAAGAUGCGAUUUAUCAAGAUAAGUGCAAAUUGUUGGCAAAAUGUGAUUGAAAUUGGGCAACUUUCAAGUAAAUUCGCAGCAAUCCGACAAUGCUGCAUCAGCUGAGCAUGUGUCACUUGCAGAGCUGACAGACAUAGAUAAAGACGAGUACGAGCUGACAGAGACAAUAGUGAUCUUGUAAAGGUUGUGUUUUUGGUUUUUGGUGUUGUUAUCGUAUUAGUUGUAAAAUCUAAGGCACUUUUUGGAGACUUUUAUAUGGAAAUCAGCUGGUAUUGAAGCGCCCGAACCUCCACACGUAAGAUGGCCGCCACUGUUAACGAGCUUUGGGUGUCCUGGUUCAGUUGUUGUGUGCAACAGCCCCAGAAAAGGAGGCACCGGAUCGACCGGUCAAUGAUAGGAAAUCCCACGAACUUUGUCCACACUGGACACAUAGGGAGUAGGGACGUGGAAUUGCCGGGGGAACAACAAAUUGCCUUACAGAACCAAAUGAGGAGUAAAGGCGGCUAUGAGGCACCUUACAAGGAAGCGCAGUGGUGCCAAUAAUGGAGCCACCGGACCGCUAGCCUACCAUAAAAAGCAAAGCGGGUUUAUAGAACUUUGCCCUUUCAAAUUUCGCUCCAAUCAGCCUCAUGGAGCUUAUCUUCCAAGCCUCCACUGAGCUCUGUUGCGGCUCGAAUCCCCUCAGGGUCUAGUUCUAUAAGCCAUGUUUUCUGCGCCAUUGUGUGCAAUAAUUCAGUAACUCUUAGCUACAAAGUGCGCAUUUAACUGUAUUUCAGUCAUUCGGACUUGUAUUAUUAUUGUUUCGUUUGAUUUAAGAUUGCUUUAAAUUAUUGACUUGCGUCAGGAUUACGACCGAUUGUCGACUGAGGUCUCGUUUGAAAGGGGCGACUGUACAUAUUAUUUAUAUUUUACUUGUAUGUAUCUGUAUAUUAUUAGAACGGGGCCCCGAUUUGGGCCUGUUUUGGUAGCUAAAAUACCAGCGGUAAUUUAAUUCUAAGUUCCAGGCCCAAUCCGGCUCUGAUCGCCGUAUGUGAAAUGAGAUUGGAGGCCAUUUUUUUAGUUCUAAAAUUAGUUUUCCCCAGCGAAUUGCUUUAGUAUUAAAAGUCUUCACGGAAUUUUUCAAGACUGUGAUUCUGUAUUUCCACCUUUCUUUUAGAUUUCUACUACAAUGCAUUUAUUUUAGUUUUGUACACGGUGCCAAAAAGAGCCAGAGAGAUUUAGUUUACGUUUAUCUAUUACUUAGCUCCCUUACGGCUUGUUGGGUUUUUUUGUAUUGUACAUAUUGUUUACGGUUGUUUCAAUUGAAGUCUCCUGAUUUUUGCUCACUUGUAUUGUUGGCUUGCUUCUUUCGCAGCGUGAACGCUUAAGUUACUGUUGUUUUAUUUAAUCUGAGAGUGGCUGUUUCCUUCGACUGAUUGAUUAAACCUGUUGGUGCGCGUCUUCGAUUUCCUCUCUACUAUGUAGUUGUUGAAAUUGGCGUAUUUUUGCACAAACUCUAGGUUAUUGUUAUUUACACUAAAGUAGGAUAAACUAUUUACUGGUGGCGCACACUUUAUCGAUUCAAUGUCCUUUGAUAGAACAAUAAGACAACCAACUCAGGUGAUUUGUGUCAUUUGAAAUGGCCUGACUUAGCAAAGUUAGUCCAAGCAAUGUUUUGUAUCCUAAAAAUGUACUUAUUAUAAAUAAAUAUACAUGCAGUUGAUUCGGUGGCUGUUCAGUAGGUUAA